GCUUCCGGCAAGCCCCGGCGGCUGAAAGCCGGGGCUAACUUGUGGGUCGGGGUCGUGCGGUUUACGUCUUCGUCGCCUGCAGGCGACCACUGCCGUGGGGGAGGGCGGGGAAGAGCUGUCAGAGGUGCUGGCCCACGCCGCAGUUCGUUACAACUUUACCUCAGCUCAAAAUGAACUACAUGCCCGGCACCGCCAGCCUCAUCGAGGACAUAGACAAAAAACACUUGGUUCUGCUUCGAGAUGGAAGGACACUUAUAGGAUUUUUAAGAAGCAUUGAUCAGUUCGCUAACUUAGUGCUUCAUCAGACUGUGGAGCGUAUUCAUGUGGGCAAAAAAUACGGUGAUAUUCCUCGAGGGAUUUUUGUGGUCAGAGGAGAAAAUGUGGUCCUACUAGGAGAAAUAGACUUGGAAAAGGAGAGUGAUACACCUCUGCAACAAGUAUCUAUUGAAGAGAUCCUAGAAGAACAAAGGGUAGAACAGCAAACCAAAUUGGAGGCUGAGAAGCUGAAAGUUCAGGCCCUUAAAGAUCGGGGUCUCUCCAUUCCCCGAGCAGAUACUCUUGAUGAGUAUUAAGCUCUUUGCUCAGAGGUUAUUACUCUUAGUGAUCAGGGAUUAUGUCACUGACAGAAAGUAACAUCCUGAUCACCUCAUACGUUUAACCAGAGACUGUAAUUUUGAAAGAUUAUUUUUAUUGUUAAUUCUUUCACAUAUGUAAUAUGAAGAAAUCAUGGGAUUUUAUUUUACUUUGUUUAAGAAAAAUCAUUGUUUAAGGAAACAAUGAAAUGGACUUCUUUCACCACAUGUCCCUGCAGAGCUGGGACACGUAUUGCUUUUCUUUGUAUUGCUUUUCUUCUCCUAGAGUAGAGUUUAUGGGAGACAUUCUGUAUUUCUUUGUAAAUUGUAAAUAAAAUAUGAAUCUCAUUUUCCCAAAUGAGAGUUAUCUUCAGUGGUUAGACAACCCAGAAAAGGUGUGAGUAGGCCACAUGCUGGGAUUUCUCCUGCCAUCCCCAAGUAGCUGGUUACUGAGGAAGGAAUAUUUUCAUAUCACUUUUCUUGUGGGUUCUCCCUACUCUUUUCAUGUUUUGGUAUGAUAACAAAUUUUACCUUAUCUGAAGAGAGUUUUCAGUUAAGUUUUCAAGUAACUGGUUGCAACAGAAGCCUCAUGUUUGAGAAAUCACUUCAGUCCUGCCAUACCCACAGCUAUUCCAAGGAAAGUUCUUAUGAUACCCAGCAUUUUCCUGAAGUGGUGGCUUUUCUGAACCUUCUAAUUUAGUUAAGGUUCCUAGUCACUUGAGUUGGGAAUCAAGCUGCUUUUGUUCAAAUCAUUAAAAAAAAAAAAAAAGGCAAAAACACUGUUUAGCAACCUACAACCCAUAAUGGUAUGGUUGUUGAAGAGUAGUGAUUAUGUGAGUGUAUCAGAUUGUUUUUAUGUGAUUGUUUUGUGCCUGUCCUGGGGCUUGAUCUCAUCCAGAUGAGCUUCUUUUGCUCACAGUUAGCCCUCUGCCACUUGAGCCAUAGCUCUGCUUCUAGCUUUUUGGUAGUUUAUUGGAAUGAGGACAUACAAUGUAAAAACUGGUUUAUUGGCACAUUGGACAUGAGUAGGAUAGUCAUCCUCUUGAUCUUCAGAGAUUUUUAACUGUAGUCCAGAUAUUUGCUUUUUAUAAUCUCUUGAGCAAAGAUGUCUUUUUCAUAAGACAUCUAGCUUAUAUGUGUAAUAUUAAAUAUUCUUAGUUUAUGAGCUCAGGUAUUGUUAAGAACUCCCCAGGUGGCUGGAAACCAUUUGACUUUUGAAUAACUUAAAUUAUUAAGUUGUUUUUUAUAGUUGAUACUUUAUGAAGAAAUAGUACUUCUUGGGCUCAAGACAUAGCUCAGUGGUAGAACACUUGCCUAACAUGUGCCAGGCCCAGGAUUCCAUCUCAGCACCACAAGAAACAAAAAAAGUCCUUAAUUAUGUAGUGUUUUAUGUAUAAUUUUACUGUUUAAAAAUCCAGGAUUUGUUAUCCACGUAGAGCCAAAAUAUACUAUCAACACUCUUUAAAACUUGUCUACAAUAAGAUACUUUGGGCCAGCACAGUAAGCAUGUGCUUUUGUGAGCCCACUGUUUGAGAACAUGUGAUGUGUCACAUGAUAUGUGAUCUUUUCAACAUCAUCACACCAUUCACUAUAAUAACACAUGGAAAAGAGACCUA